UCUCUGGCUCUCUGACCUCAGUGAGAUUACAGCCAGUCUGGGGAACGGGGAGAGGCAUGGAGAAGGAGAUGGGGGACCCCUGGCUGGAGCAGGCCAACAGAACAGGCAACUAUGGCUGGAGAAUCGGGUAUCAGAGUAAUGUUUGACCUCGGGAAACAGAGUAUUGCACAAGGGACCUGAAGGUGGCCACAGGAGCAGGGCACAGAAGCUCACCAGCCAGAAGCCUCCUGCUUUCCAAGCUCCAGUCUGUAUAACUCUUGUCUGGAUCUCCCCAGAUUCUCUCCACACCAUCUUGACCCGUCUUCAACCCUUCUCUCUUCCCCCACACCCGGUCAGAUUUCUUUUUCCAGUCACAGAACUGCCUGUCGAAAUUCACUAGGUAGGAGGUUCAUCAGCUGGGAAGAACCGGCGCCUGGGGGGAUCUGGCUGGAUAGGUAUGGGGGAUCGAGGCCAGCCUCUUAGUCCCCAUGGCGGUCCCCCAACUCUAAGCACACUCACUCUUCUGCUGCUCCUCUGUGGACAGGCUCAGUCCCAGUGCAAGAUCCUCCGCUGCAAUGCCGAGUACGUCUCGUCCACUCUGAGCCUUCGGGAAGGGGGCUCACCGGGCACGCCUCGCGGAGGCGGCCGUGGUGGGCUGGCCUCAGGUGGCUUGUGCCGUGCCCUGCGCUCCUAUGCGCUCUGCACUCGGCGCACCGCCCGCACGUGCCGCGGGGACCUCGCCUUCCACUCAGCGGUGCACGGCAUCGAGGACCUGAUGAUCCAGCACAACUGCUCUCGCCAGGGACCCACGGCCCCGCCCCCGGCCCGGGGCCCCGCUCUUCCCGGAGCUGGCCCAGCACCCCUGACCCCAGACCCCUGUGACUACGAGGCCCGGUUUUCCCGGCUACACGGUCGGGCCCCGGGUUUCUUGCAUUGCGCCUCCUUCGGGGAUCCCCAUGUGCGCAGCUUCCAUCACCACUUUCACACGUGCCGUGUCCAAGGAGCUUGGCCCCUGCUGGAUAACGACUUCCUUUUUGUUCAGGCCACCAGCUCCCCGGUGGCAUCCGGGGCCAACGCUACCACCACCAGAAAGAUCACCAUCAUAUUUAAGAACAUGCAGGAAUGCAUUGACCAGAAAGUCUACCAGGCUGAGGUGGACAAUCUUCCUGCAGCCUUUGAAGAUGGGUCUAUCAAUGGAGGAGACCGACCUGGGGGCUCGAGUUUGUCCAUUCAAACUGCUAACCCUGGGAGCCACGUGGAGAUCCGAGCUGCCUAUAUUGGGACAACUAUAAUCAUUCGACAGACAGCUGGACAGCUCUCCUUCUCCAUCAGGGUAGCCGAGGAUGUGGCGCGGGCCUUCUCUGCUGAGCAGGACCUACAGCUGUGUGUUAGUGGCUGCCCUCCGAGCCAGCGACUCUCUCGCUCAGAGCGUAAUCGCCGUGGGGCUAUCGCCAUCGAUACUGCCAGAAGGCUUUGUAAGGAAGGGCUUCCCGUGGAAGAUGCCUACUUCCAAUCUUGCGUCUUUGAUGUUUCAGUCUCUGGUGACCCCAACUUUACUGUGGCAGCUCAGACAGCUCUGGACGAUGCUCGAGUCUUCUUGCCGGAUUUAGAGAAAUUGCAUCUUUUCCCCUCAGAUGCAGGGCCUCCUCUCUCCCCAGCAACCUGCCUAGUCCAGCUUCUUUCAGGCCUCUUUGUUCUGUGGCUUUGCGUUCAGUAAGUAGGCCAGCGACCUCGAGACUAGUUUGGAGCCGAUUUGUGGGUAGAGGUUGGUGUAAGAAAACACUAAGAGGAGACAGCGGGAGACAGGGGGUGCAGGAGACAAUGACACUCACCAGAAUCAGACGAGGCCGCCGUCAGGGCUGCCAUGAUUCUAGAAUAAGGGUUCUGGGCCAGGGCUUUGCAUUCCAGACCAUGGUAGGUAGGGACUCUUCACCGUGAAUGUCCCCCGUCCCAUUGGUCCACUCCACACACACCUGAUAUCACUCCUACAGGCCUGGAAAUUGUGAGAGUGCUAGUGAACAGCAAAACAUUAAAGCGUUGAGACUUCUUAAAGGCAAGAACUAAAAGCAGGAAGAUGUGAUUAUCUUUAAGAAAAUCAAGAGAGAAGAAAAUGAGUAAGGAAAGCGUUUGGCCUUGUCUAGCUCUCAGACAAAGGAAGUCAGCUUCUGGAGACUAGUACCAAAGCAGAAACUGGCAUUCCCAUCCCUUACCAAUCUGUUAUUAAAGCUAUGAAUUCUCCACACUG